GAGAAAGGGCAAACAGACAAGAAAGGAGCAAAGAAGAGCUGCCUACAAUUUGAAGGUUUGAGACCAGCAUUUGGUUGCAUGCUCAUCAUCCAAAGCAUGACAAGGACUGAAAAAAAGAAAGAUCAUUGAGCGCUGACAAAAAUAAGAAAGACUUUGGCUUACAAAGGAAGGACAACCAAAAACAAGAAGUUAAGAAGAAACUGAGAGGUGAGAAGAAACUUGAAAAUGUCUUCGUUUGAGAACCAGAACCAGUCUCCUCCUCGUUGUGGUCCACAGUUUCCAAAUCUGGGCCAGGAGCCCCCUGAGCUCAGCAUGUACGGAGAUUGUUACUACCCUCCCCCUUCGCUGCCGAGCCCUCAGCGCACCACUCCAGCCUCCUACGACCUGAGUGACUACGCCACUUCAUCCCCAAACCCAUACCUGUGGUUCAACAGCUCUGGAAUCAACACGUCGUCAUACCUCUCUUCCACCGGCCCACCCGGUAAUCCCGGUCCUCCUUUUGUACCUCAGCACUACGGCAUGCAGAGGCCUUACCUGGGUCCAGCUGGACCUGGAGGUCCCGGAGGCGAACUAAGCUGGUUCUCUCUUCCCUCACAAGAAGAUCUGAUGAAGCUGGUCCGCCCACCGUACUCCUACUCUGCUCUCAUCGCCAUGGCUAUCCACGGAGCGCCAGACAAGAGACUAACAUUGAGCCAGAUUUAUCAGUACGUGGCUGACAACUUCCCUUUCUACAACAAGAGUAAAGCAGGCUGGCAGAACUCCAUCAGACACAAUCUGUCACUUAAUGACUGCUUCAAGAAAGUCCCAAGAGAUGAGGAUGAUCCAGGUAAGGGCAACUACUGGACACUUGACCCAAACUGUGAGAAGAUGUUCGACAACGGAAACUUCCGUCGCAAAAGGAAGAGGAAGUCUGAUUCCCUAGCUGGUGGUGAUGGUGGUCCAGGGGCUCCAGAGUCUGGUGACAGUGAGCGGGGCAGCCCCAAACACCCAGCCCUCAACAUGUCCCCACCACCUGACAGAAUCCCCUCCCCAUCGCUGUCCGGUCCCACACCGUGUCUAAGCAGCUUCUUAUCUGAAAUGUCGACGGUUUCUGCUGGAGGAGCAAAUGAGGUGGGGGGUGAUGGGCUUAGCAGACCGCUGCAGAUUAACCUUCCAUUAGACGGGGCUCACAGACCACAGCCAGGAAGCUUUAGUAACUACUCCCCCAACUCAGGUGUCCCAGAGUGGGUACCACAAGUGCCAGCUCCCCCUGUGCUCACCUCUUCACCGACUCACUCUUCUUUAGGUUACUCCAGCCCCAUCGUGAGCCAGUACAAUGCUUCUAGUGGGCAUUUCUACCCUUCACUGGGCUCCACUGGAAUCAUCUAUCAUCGAGAGGGCACAGAAGUUUAAGACGUCAUUAUGGGGGGAGGGGAACGUUGACGGAAAGACUGUUUAAAGGAAAUUUCAAAUGUCUGAUGUUAUUUUUGUUUAGAAUAAUUCUGCUGUGGAAAA